AUGGCAGACACAACAUCUUCCGCCGAAAAAGGCGUUCUGGUUCAAAGCACAUCUCUCUCGCCCUCCCCAACGCAACCACACACUUUCGACCCCACCGCCGAGCGCCGCCUCCUCCGGAAACUUGACCUCAGAAUUCUCCCCAUACUAUGGCUCCUCUACCUUGUAAACUUCAUUGACCGCGCAAACAUCGGCAAUGCGAAAAUACAAGGCAUGGAGUCCGCCCUCGCCCUCAAAAAACAACGUUUCAAUAUCGCAGUCUGGGUCUUCAACCUCGGCUACCUGGUCGCCGGCAUACCGCUUCAAAUCCUUUUCAAGCACUACGGCCCCAAGAGCCUAUGUGUCAUGAUGUUCUGCUGGGGCAUCACCGUCAUCGGAUGCGGACUUGUCAAGACGUGGGAGCAACUCGUUGUAUGUCGAUUACUGGAGGGGAUUGCUGAGUCUGCGUUUAUUGCGGGUUCGGCGUAUUUGAUCGGCGCAUAUUACAGGAAGAGGGAGUUUUUGGACAGGAUCUUUAUAAUCGAGGGAUGUGUUACUAUCUCUAUUAGUAUGGCGUGUUUGCCAUUUAUCCCAGCGUUCCCGGAACACUGCACUUUUCUGUCGCCAGAGGAGAAGACGCUGAUGCUCCAACGCAUCCAGGCAGAUGGUGGUCAUGUCUCUUCAGACGAGAUAUCCCUCUCCAAAGCCCUACAUUACCUCAAAGACUGGAAGAUCUGGACUGGCGUAAUCAUGAACCUAGCCGUAACCGAAGCCGCAAACUCCCUCUCAAACUUCCAACCCACCAUCCUCAAAGGCCUAGGCUACACGGCUACAUCGGCCCAAAUUCACACAAUCCCCGUCUAUCUCGUCGGCGCCGCCUUCUCCGUCGUCCUCUCGCACAUGUCCACCCGUCUAGACGCCCGCUUCCCCUUCUACCUCCUCGGCGCCUGCGUCCUCGCUACCGGUCUCGUUGUCGAAAUCACCACGCCACUGCACCUCCACUACUCUGCCAAAAUCCGCUACAUGGGCAUGUUCUUCAUCGCCAGCGGCGCCUACCUCGCUAUGCCCAUCAGCAUAAUCUGGACAAGCAUCAACUGCACUAACGGCUACAAGCGCGCCGUAGCCAUAACCGCAAUUAUAAACUUUGGCACUGCUGGCGCGUUUGUGAGCUCGAAUGUUUUUCUUUUUAAAGAGGCGCCGAGGUUCAGGACGGGGUUUAGUGUGGGCUUGGGGCUGGCGUGUGGGGGGAUGGUGGCGGCGGGUGUCACGUGGUGGGCAUGUCGGAGGGAGAAUACGCGGAGGGAUAAGAUGAUGGCCACGGUCGGGGAAAUAGAGGGGGGGGAGGUACAGGGUUUCAACGAGGGCGAUCAGGCAAACGGGUUUCGGUUUGCGUUAUGA